CUAGACGCUGAAAAAAUAUUUGAUGCGUUCUUAACUACAAAACCGAGCGAAAAAAUAUAUUAAACAAGAUGCGGAACUUCUCCAUCCCCACUCCUCUCGUGCUCUCCUCAUCAAGGAGAUGUUUGUCAAUAUGUGCUGCCAGUGCAGGUCUUGGUACAAGUUUGUCAUCUUCCAGUUGCACCACGAUGCGAAGUGGCAGCGCAGGUCUUGGUACAAGUUCGUCAUCUUCCAGUACGAUGCGAAGAAAGUUCGGAACCGGUGCUGGUGGCGGUGCGACGCGCCCCACUAGUCCAGAAAUGUGGCUGCAGAGGCAGAUGAAGGAUAGAUGGGUCCGAAGAGCGCAAAACGAGAACUACAGGACGAGGGCGGCAUUUAAUUAUGGCAACAAGGGUUUUUUUUUGUAAUACACCAACUACAGAUGAAGUUCUGAUAGAUGUGCCUUUCUUCGGAAGUGAAGCACGGUAUUAAAUAGUCCCAUCGACAGUUUCGGAAUACUGAUCAGGGCGAAACUCCAUUCCAUUCUGAUAGAUGGCGCGACGAGUACUUACCCCUUUCAAUCGAAGCAGGGACUUGCUGCGCCAACAGAUGAAGUUCUGAUAGAUGGAUUUGCACCAACAGAAGUAUAAGUUCUUGUGAUAGAUCAUCUAAUAUCCGAAAAUUCACAUCUUCUUCACAGUAUCGUUUCUAGACUCAAAAAAUGCCACAGCUUCUUUCAAUCGAAGCACCAACCACGAGUACUUACCCAAUAUCUUCUAGUCCCAGCUGAAGCAAAAGCAAAUGAUGAAAACACCAACCACAAGUACUUACCCAAUAUUAUCGACUUCUAAUCUGAGCUGAAGCAAAUGGAUUCGAAAUUUGGCAUUUUUAAACGUGGUCAGAUAGUUCUAGACUUGGGCUGCUAUUCCGGAGGCUGGUCUCAGGUGGCCAUCGAGCGCACAGUUGGAGAGGAGGAGCGUUCAGAUGCAAGAUUCGCUUCUGGAGAUUCGGUGGAAGCUAGCACGAGGAGCAAGGUGAUUGGCGUAGACUUAUUGAACAUAGACCCCUUAGACGAUCACACUUUUAUCAAAGGAGACGUGCGAGACUCUGCAGUGCUGGAGAAAGUGAUGUUAUGUUCUUCGGCCGCAGUAGUACAACUUUACUGUGCUCUUACAACUCAAGUUGAAGAUCUACUUAUAGUACUCAAGUUGAAGAUUUACAACUACUACUACUCAAAGAAGAUGCCACUACUCAAUUCGAACGCUCAAGGAUCCGGAGGAUAGCCGUUCGGUCUACUCUCUGAUUUGAUGAUCACAAAGCAUAGUAAACUACUAGAGUGAUCAUUUAUAUCUUGUUUUAGCGAUAGCAGUUACUGCUGUAGUAAGUUCUGAGUUCUAGGCUCAGAAAGAUUUUGUUCGUUUGAGAAGAAAUUGAGUCCUUUCUUGGUCCUCCACGGUCCACCUCAUUAUCUUGUUCUCUCCAUCAAACUUUCUGAGGACCACGAGAACAAUCCUCUUCUCUAACUACUCUAGUAAAAAUCUUCUUCUAAUCUCUGAAGCAACCGGCGGCCUCAAGUGUGACGUCGUUAUGUCAGACAUGUGCCCAUCACUAUGUGGUAGCAAGCAAGAUGACCAUUUGGAGUCGAUGGAGCUGGCUUUGGCAGCCGCUGAAUUUGCAGAACGAGUUCUGAUAGCGCAGAAUUCUUCCAACUGCCUAUCUGCGGAUAAGGUCCCUUCGAAUAGUUGUAAGGGAGAGGAAAAUGAGGAUACAACUGGUAUUAAGGCUCAACUUUCAAUGGUCAUUGGGGUUGGUCACUGAGAUCGAAGAGGCGACCCCUUGAGAGAACAGGGGAAAACGAAGGGAAAGGGGAGAGCUUUGAAGGGGGUCGCUUCCGUUCAGCAUCAUGAUGACCAUUAAGUGCUGAGCUUUAAUGGUAGUGUCGAUGGUUCUGGUGGUGGAUUACGAGUCGCCUCUUCUGGCGAAGAAGGUGAAGGUGAUGGCCAGGAUGCAGAAAGUACAACAACUUCAACUUAUUCUAAGACCUCUGCCUGUCCUACCCCUGAGCACCGUCGCGGAGGUUGGUUCAUCUGCAAAAUUCUCUAUGGACCGGAAGCGAGUCGGUUCAAGCUGUACCUGAAGACGCGGUUUGCUCGGGUACUCUCUUUCAAACCCCAUGCUAGCAGAGACGAAAGUAGGGAGAUGUACAUAGUCUGUAGUGGUUUUUUCGGAAGGGCUAAGAUUCAUGAGGAAGUUCAGACGGUUCCUGGUUACAUGCCGGAUAAAGAGAAGUAUCAUAAUAUGUACUAGGGUUCGAGUCUUCAUGAUCUAAUGAAGAAAUUAUAGAAGAGAUGAUGCUCUUGGACAACACUAUGUUGAAGGCAGCAUCGACGCAGGAGCAGCAUUUUCUAUGAGAACUUACAACAUCUAGUGAAAAAUAUGUAGUAGUGCAAACGCUUACUGGGGAUGAAAAGAG